AUGGAGGCCGAGGGUCACCACAGGACUGCUUCCCCAGCAGGAAGCUCAGGGUCACACGCCCAGGACACACCUACAGAAAAUACCUUCAUUAUAAUGAUCAUCGUCAGUGUUCUUACUAGAGGCUCUCGAGAAGAAAUUAUCUGGUGUGAGAGGAUGGAGAGGAAGAGGUAUGUGGAUCAAGACUUCCUAAACCUUUUAUUCCCAGUGACACGCAUAACACCAGGUCCUCACUUCAACAACGGCGGGCCCUCACCUCAACAACGCGGCCUCACCUCAACAACGCCGGCCUCCCCACAACGCCGGCCUCACCUCAACAACGCCGGGCCCUCACCUCAACAACAUGGGCCCUCACCUCAACAACGCCGGGCCUCACCUCAACAACGCCGGGCCUCACCUCAACAACGCCGGGCCCUCACCAACAACGCCCUCACUCAGCAGCGGCCCUCACCUCAACAACCACGGGCCCUCACCUCAACAACGGCGGGCCCUCCCUCCACAACCGCAGGCCCUCACCUCAACAACGCGGGCCCUCACCUCAACACCCGAGGCCUCCUCCAACAACCACGGGCCUCCCUCAACAACCGCAGGCCCUCCUCCAACGCGGCCCCACCUCAACAACGCGGGCCUCCUCCACAACCGCGGGCCUCACCUCAACAACGCCGGGCCUCCACCUCCAACAGGCUAACCUCAACAUCGCGGGCCCUCACCUCAACAACGGCGGGCCUCACUCCAACCGCGGGCCCUCACCUCAACAACGGGCCCUACCUCAACAACGCCGGCCCUCCUGCAACAACAGCGGGCCCUCACCUCAACAACGGGGCCUCCCCUAAACAAAUGCGGGCCCUCACCUCCAACAAAUGCGGGCCCUCACCUCCAGCAGCGGCGGGCCCUCACCUUAGCAACGCCGGGCCCUCACCUCAACAACGCCGGGCCUCCACCUCAACAACGGCAGGCCCUCACCUCAACAAAUCAGGUCCUCACCUCAACAACUGCAGGCCCUCACCUCAACAACAGCGGGCCCUCACCUCCAGCAACAGGAGGCCACCUCCAACCGGCCUAUCUCCAACAUCGCGGCCCUCACCUCAACAACCAGGCCCUACCUCAACAACCGGGGUCCUAACCUCAACAACCACGGGCCUCACCUCAACAUCCGCGGGCCCUAACCUCAACAGCGGACCCUAA